GCGUAAAUGAACAAUGGCGAUUGUUCGGACGUUUGUUUAUUUAGUGUGUUUUUAUGUAUUAUAUGGAGAUGCCGCUGAAUUCAGUACGCCGCCUCAGGUGAUUCCAGAUGAGCCUAAAAUAGAAGCUGUCUGGGAUGAAAAAUGCGCAAUACGAAUAACAGGUUCUGGCUUGAAAUGGAAGGGAAAAACUGAUGCCUGCUAUGCACCAGAAUUACGAGGUGAACACAGAUUAAGAGGGGAUUCUGGGCUACCAGGCGAGCAGGGAUUGAAAGGAGAACCAGGUCAACAAGGAGCACCUGGUCCCGUUGGUCCUCCUGGUAUUAAAGGAGAAAGGGGAUCUGUUGGACCCAAAGGUCUACCAGGAUUGCGGGGACCAAAGGGGGAAAGAGGCAUAGCGGGAGAAUUUGGUCAAAAAGGAGAAAGGGGACAUGAGAUAACGGGACUUCCUGGUCUUCCUGGAGCCCCGGGCGCUGUUCCUGGUCCCCUGGACCAAUGCAAGGGCGAAUAUUACUUCCUUAACCCAAUAGACAAAUUCUUUGCAAACUGUGACAUUAAAAAGAACAAUGUGUGUGUCAAUUUUCCAAUUACAAGUCAGAUAUGGCAUAAAGUCUGCGAAAAAGCCGCGCCAUGUUGGCUCCUACAGUCAAAUUUAAAUAUGGAUGAACUAUACGGUAAUAAUAUGUAUGCCAAUAUUGAGUAUUUAAGCAAAUUCCCGACGUUGCAUUAUAACACGCAAACAAUUCAAAUUGACUGCAAAUACGUUAGCAUAGAGAACAUGAGAAUUUUACUAUUGCACAGCCUCAAAAUUGAAAUGAAAGCUACAGAUCAAACAUCGGUUUAUUAUGAAAUCAUUAAUACCAGUUGUAAUAAAGACACCGAGGCUGGUAAAGCUGAAUUACAAAUAACAUUGGCUGGCCCAUUUCUGCCAAUAACUGAUCUAUACAUCGCGGAUAGUACUAAGAAUUCGGAACUAUCUAUUAAAGUCACUAAAGUCUGCUUCUAUUACAAAUAAUUGGGUAAAUGA